ACCCACUUUUCCUUUUUCGUUAUUAAUAUUAUUAUUAUUAUUGAUAUUGAUAAUCUCACUCUUCUAAAUCCACAUUAUUUAUUUAAUUCCCAUUGCAUCUUCUACUCUUCAUUUCGCUUCUCUCUCUGUCUCUUUCGUUUUCCUCAAUCUUCUUCUUCCUCCUCCUCUCUGCAACUCACAAAACAAAAUCUUCAUCAACGAUCUGAAUUUUGAGGGCAAUAAAUAAGAAAAAGAUCCAAAUGGGUUCGGUUCCUGCAGAACUGAGCUUGGAUUUAAGACCUACUUUUGUUCCCAAAACCAUCACUGAUUUCCUCUACGACCUCUCCACAAUCCCAUGUGCCCCCGAUAAGCUCUCAAGGCUCAACGAUUUCCUCGCCCGAUUGGAAGACGAGCUCAGAAAGAUCGACGCUUUCAAACGCGAGCUCCCUCUCUGCAUGCUCCUCUUAAACGACGCAAUUUUAGCUUUGAAGGAGGAAUCGGAAAAAUGCAGGCCUCAUAAUUCUCUGCCAGUGUUGGAAGAGUUUAUUCCCUUAAAGAAAGAAUGUGAUCAGAUUGAGGAAAACAAUAACAAGGACAAUGAAUGCAGAGAUAAGAAGAAUUGGAUGAGUUCUGUUCAGCUCUGGAACAACACUACUACAAAUAAUGUCUCUGAUAAAAAACAACAACAUCAUAAAUCAGAAACCAAGAUAAAUGAAGAAGAAGGGCAAUCUGUGGCCGAGGACCCUUUCCAAUCUUGUAGCAAUAGAAAUGGAGGAAGGGCUUUUAUGCCUUUCUCCACUUACCCUUCUGUCCCUACCACAACAGUGGCACUGACAGCAACCAAAGAAGAGAAGGAAGGCACUGUUUUGAAUAGACUCUCUCUUCUAACCCCUGGGGUUAAAAGCUUGAGGGGAUCCAGAACCAGCUCCAACAGGGUAGUUCCUUCAUCUCCUCCUCCUAUUCUCCACACAAGCUUGCGUGCAGGAUCGCUUCAGCAGCAACAAAAUUCUAGAAAACAAAGGAGAUGCUGGUCGCCAGAGUUGCACCGUCGAUUUGUUAAUGCCUUGCAGAAGUUAGGAGGUUCUCAAGUGGCAACACCAAAGCAAAUUAGAGAACUCAUGCAGGUUGAUGGCCUGACCAACGAUGAAGUGAAGAGCCAUUUACAAAAAUACAGACUUCAUACGCGGAGACUUCCAGCUUCAAGUGCUAAUCAGCCUGUUGUAGUUCUUGGAGGUUUGUGGAUGUCGCAAGAUCAGUACAAUGACUCUUCAAAAGGUAGCAGUUCGGUGUCUGGUUCCCCUCAAAGUCCCCUUCAUUUAGCUUCAGGAUCACGGGGACGGACAUCCCCAACUGAGGGUGACAGCAUGGAAGACGAUGAAGAUGCAAAAUCCGAGAGUUAUAGCUGGAAAAGUCACAUUCACAGAGCUGGAAAAGUUGAUGUAUAGAUACUCUCCACCAUGAAAUUUUGCAGAUAAAGUAUACAUGGGAGGAGUUUUACAACUACAAAAGAAUAAUAUAUGAUACAUAAAAGAGGGUCAACGCAGAGAGAGGCUAUUGGAGUUUUUGAAGGUUUAGCUUUCCCUUUAUACUAGUUGAGUUUUGAUUAGAAACUCCGAAUUAAAACCCUUUUUCUCCACGUUAAGAAGAAGGUCAUUUUUUUUUCCAUAUCAUGAAAUUCUUUCAUUUCUUUUUGUAACAAGAACUCUGUGAUGCCCCAGAAGAUAUCAAUUAUUCCAAUGUUUAGAUGGGUCUCUGCAUGUUUUUAUUGAAUAUUGGCGUUUCAUGAUUGGACAUAAUUGCUGGAUAAUUUCUUCUCUUGCUUCUAUUUACACAAAUA